CAUCUUUCUGUGGAGCACAAAAGCAGAUGUUAGGCAUGACAUUUUCAUUUUUGGGUGAACUUCCCCUUUAACAGCUCCACUGAAUGGACUACAAGCAUCUAGGUGCAAACCAAUCAAUUGUGUCCAUUAAAAAAGUGGUCAGAAAAAUAAUCCAGGGAUUCAUGGACCUGUUUGCAAUACAAAAAGAACCCUGGACCUACAGCACACAACACUUCUCAAGAACAGAGACAUCAGUUUAUCUACACAUUUACAAUGAAGACUCAGAAUUUACAAUUAAAGUGUUAUUUUGGAUUUUAUGGAGAGCAUCCUUAAUAUUACUGCCAAAAGUUUAGACCUUCAGUGAAUAACAUGCUUUUAGACCUUCUGCACCAACAUCUUCCAAAUGUAGUGCAUACAAGCCAUGCUUGGAAGUCCACGUUAGGAGUGGUGAGUGUGCAAUUAUAAUGAUACUGCAUAUACCUUUCUAACAAAAACUAAUUAGUGUGGACGUGUCCUAAGAAAGUAUCCACACGAAUAGGUUUUUGUUUGAAAACGCAUUGAUUUCACUACGUUUAUGCCUUUCAUCCACACCAGAACGGCGUUUUCCUCCACCAAAAACAGCGCGGAAGACUGAGACUGGAAAUAAGAUUUGAGAGCAAUGGCGAAGGGCAAAGUUUUCAGUAAAUAACAACGUAGAAAGGCUAUUGAAUAGCUUCCAAAGACUUUGAAUAAGUCAUAUGGCCUACUUUAAUGGUGCUUUUUUUGUCAUUUUUGGAGCUCAUAAGCAACAGUCCCCAUUCACGAUCACUAUCGAAAAACAGCUUGGAGAUACUUCAAAACACCUUCCUUUGUGAUGGCCAGAAAAGCAAAUCAUAUGGAUUUGGAACGAUAUUGCAGGGUGAGUAAAUGAGAGAACUUUCAUUUUGGGGUAAACUAUUUAAGAUGUGCUUUCAGAUAGUACUUUGAAUGGAAGGAAAUGAAAAGCUCUUAUGGUUGGUGGUGUUUUCGCACAUUGUUCUUGCACUGAAUUGACACAGCUAAAAGAUGCCUUUGCUUGUAGUGUAAUUAAUGGAUGAGUGUUUCAUUACAGGUCUGGUAUUGAAGUGUAGCUUCACUCAAUGACUUCUUCCUCAGUGGCUUGACCUCCCAUUAAGCUGCAUGAAAUCGUUCACAAGGUUGAGGACACGCAACAGGAACGAGCAAACUGACAAUGGCAAGCGAGGAGCCUUACACUACUUACGUGAGAAUGCUGUGGAAAAGAAAUUGAUCAGCUAAGCACAUAACAAUUGAUGGUUCAGAUAAAUUUUUUGCCACCAUGAAGUAUUACUGGACAACACUGGUGUUUUGUUAGAACAUCUUUACUGUGCAGCUCAACAUGCAUCAAUUCACGUAACACACGUCAGCACAACAGUGUCAUGCUCGUCUUGGGACAAAGGUCACAGAAGAACAAGAGGCAUUUUAGUGGUUCUUGCAUCGCGCGAGUUUUCGACAAAACUUGCAAAAAGGAAAAGUGAUAAAAAUGGAUUCUCUCACUUCUAAUUUAUCUGAAGAGAAAAGAAAGCAGCUUUGUGCCUUGCUGGGGAAUGUGGAACUGAGUCUUCUCUAUAAAGCAUCUGUUCAUGGAUAUAAUGCUUCUGCCUUCCACCAGAGAUGUGACCGUCAGGGUCCCACCUUGCUUGUAGCCUACAACAGCUCAGGCUACAUCUUUGGAGGAUACACUAGAGUAGAUUAUGCUCAAAGUGGGCAGAAUAUUACUGACAAGGAGACAUUCCUGUUCAGCUUUCAAGGCAAGAUCCCUGUCUGCAUCAAAGUUAAUAGUGGACAUAAUGCCCGCUUCGAUGACUCUGGAGUGCCCAACUUUGGUCAACAGUUGUACUUUUGCUAUAACAACCAACCUUCUGUUUAUCAUCAAGGAGGUCGUUCAUUUAACUUUAAUGCUGAUACAUUGUAUGGAAACAAUACUCAGCUAAGUGAAUGUGAGGUGUACAAAGUGAAGCAGGUCCCUCAGGUCAGAGUUGAGGAGAAGCCGUGGAGGAAUGUGCAGUGGAGUGAUAAACGAAAAGAAGAGCUCAUGGAAUUGAUCAGGAAUCAUAAAGCUUUGAUGACCUCUGUGAGUCGGGUUAGAAUCCUAAUGAUCGGUCCUGUAGGUGCCGGAAAGUCCAGUUUCUUCAACUCCAUUAACUCCAUCUUCACAGGUCAUGUGACCAGCAAAGCCAUGGCAGGAUCUACAAACACUAGUCUGACCACACAGUUUCGCACAUACCCAGUCAGAGAUGGUCGUGAGGGAAAGUCAUUGCCUUUUGUAUUAUGUGACACUAUGGGAUUAGAAGAGCAGUCAGGAGCAGGAUUGGAUAUUGAAGACAUCAGCAGCAUUCUCCAAGGUCACAUACCAGACCGUUAUAAAUUCAACCCUUUUGCACCAUUUCAACAUGAUGAGCAAAAGGCGUCCAGAUCUGCAUCUCUACAGGAAAAGAUCCACUGUGUGGUGUACGUGAUAGAUGCCACCAAAGUCUCCCUUAUGUCUAACAAACUGGAGGAAAAACUUGCUGCCAUACGUAGAAAAGUGAACUCACUGGGCAUUACCCAGAUCGUCUUGAUGACAAAAGUAGAUGAGGCGUGUCCCCUUGUGGAGAAAGACCUUCAAAGUCUUUAUAUCAGUUCCUACAUCAAGACAAAGGUGCAUGAGGUGAGCUCUCGGUUGGGUGUGCCUGUGUCAUGUGUGUUACCAGUGAAAAACUACAGCCAGGAGUUGGAGCUGAACCUCAACUGUGAUGUUCUGCUGCUCACUGCUUUACAGCAGAUGCUUCGCUUUGCUGAUGACUAUUUGGAUGAUAUUCGUCCAGUGGAGGGCAACCCCUUAUAAAGUGCAAAUGCUUUUUCAGUUUAUGUGGCUUAGGCCAAAUUUGUCUGAUUCAUAUUGGCUUCGCUUAGAAUACAUAUGGUUAAGCUUUCUUCUAGACCAGCACAAUAAUCAAUUUUCUGUAGACUGUUUGUAUUUUCUGUCUGUUUCAUAAUCAUACCAAUCGCUACAGGAAUAUGAUGAGAAAAACUAGUUUGUGUAUGUUAUAAUCAAGUCGUGUUUCCAUAGAAGUUCUGAAUUUAUGCAAAAAAUCGGAAUACCGCAAAAACAAUUUGUGAAUAAAGCACCGUUUCCAUCCCAUGUGUUUAAGAAAACAAAACUGUAAUUUCUGAGGAAACUGGUACAAAAUGAUAUUUGCAGCCAUUGCACAAUGUGAUAAAUUACUUGCGGUUUAGGGUGCGAGACAAAAUGCUCUCAUGAACCUUAUGUUUGCUUGAGAUCGGGGGCAGAUAACUUAUAUGUGGGAAUGUACUGAGAGGUAAUUGUCUCCAAUCAUUUGAUGAUACCCUUUGACUCCAAUGUUGUGAUCAAUAGUGUCCGCCCGGUUAAUCAAGUUGCCAGGGCGUAGCCAUUUUGUAAUGCUUCAACAAAAAGCUAUCAUGUUUUUGGGAUAACUUGUUGUAGCUAAUUAGGACUCCUUGAGUCGUGCAUACUGAUUGAACUAGAUCUUAUGUAAUAUAUUAUUUAAUUUUUCUUGUGGUUCAGUAAUUCUGUUGAAUUAAUUUUGUAAUGAUGCAUGUUUUGUUGUAUUAUGUUCUGUAUAAGUAAUAUAAUUUUAUAAUUUAAAUAGAAAAGUUAAACUAAGUACAUACAUAUUUGCAAUUAAAAUCAUCUGGUGUGUAUUGCGUGCCUUCCCAUACUUUGCGCAAUGAAACAAAUUGGGAGCAAAAUCUUGAUUUACAUUCUUUAACAUUACACUUUAUAUGUAUCUUGUUGUCCCAAAACUAUUGGUAAAUAUGAACGCUUAAUUGAACAUCAUUACAAGACGUUCCCCAUUUUUUCCCCAUAUAUGAAUAGAAAAUAUUAUUUCCAUAUCUAACACUGAAGUAGCCUAAUUACACUAAGGAUUGACGUUUAGGGUACUUGUGUGGGGUAUAUGCUAAACUAAUCGGCUAACGGUAAGCAUGCAAAAUGUAGGCUAAGUGAAUAAAGAACAAUAUUUAAUUUUACACUCUAUAGUUUUCCAUUAUAUACUAUUGUGUGUAACAAUUUCAAAGUCAUGAAAUGUCAUGUUUACAAACUUAUGUUGACAUACAAGAAGAUAACUUGUUCACGAACAUCAAAUGAUGUAAUCUUUGCACAAGAGUUGAAUGGAUUACUUUUAUGCUGCCUUUUUCGAGCUUCAAGGGUUUGAACCUUGUUGACUUGCAUUGUAUGGACCAACAGAGCUGAGAUAUUCUUCUAAAAAAAUCUUUGUAUUCUGCAAAAGAAAGUCAUACAUAUCUGGGAUGGCAUGAGGGAGUAAAUAACAAAAUAAUUUUCAUUUUUGGGUGAACUAUCCCUUUAAUGUUGUAACAGUAAAACCAAUACUGAAAGAGACACAAUUUUAAGGUUGUAAUAAAUACAUAUUAUAUUUAGGAUUUCAUCAAGCUAAGAAAAGUUUACAUUUUACUAUUAAAUCCUUUUGUAGAGUUAAAUGUGUAAACUUUUUUCUUUGACCUAUGUUUUCUGUAGAUUUAAACUACUGUUUCUAAUCUUCUAUGCUUUGAUAUAUAUGAAUGGAUUGUGAAUCCUUGUCUUUAAUAGUUAUGAUUAUUAGGCUGCUGUCACUUUAUUCUCUGUGUCACAACUAAUAAAGUAAGACUAUUUGGAUAUGA